CACUCUUUCAUCUCAUCCGGGAGAAAAGAUCCAGCCACAGCAACUGUUCCGCUCUCCGAGAUCUCAGCUCCCCCAUCCCCCCCUGCUCCUCCGGCAAUGCCUCCAUCUCCAUGGGCGGCAACCCCGGUGUUGCCCCUCCUCCUCCUGCUGCUGCUGCUCGUUCAGGGGAGGGGAGGCCAGGGCGCCAUCGGCAUCAGCAGCAUGGACAUAGACAUGGACAUGGGGGUGGAGGCGCAGAUGGGCUCGGAGGCGGCGCACGGGCGGCUGCUGUGGGCGACCGGCGGCGGGCGGAGGUACAUCAGCUACGACGCGCUGCGGGGGGACGCCGUGCCCUGCUCCCGGCCGGGCGUGCCCUACUACAACUGCCGCGUGAGCACCACCGCCAACCCCUACACCCGCGGCUGCGAGUCCAUCACCCGCUGCCGCGACGACGACCCUUCCUAGGUAACCACUGUGAUUGAUUGCCAAAGUUGCUGGAUCCAGAAGGCGGCUGCUGCUCAUUUUGUGUGUGUUUUGCUUGCUGGGCCAGUAGUGAGUGGAGCAUUUUGCUGGAUCAUAUAUCAAUAAUAUAAUGUGUCCGUGUGUGUACUACCUAUGUAACUAAGAUCCGAUUCCAACUCCCAGGAUAUUAUUACACGGAGGAACCUGGAUUAUAUGGGGUGUUAUAUUAUAGAACCUGGAUUAUAUGGUGUGUAAUUGAUCCAGACAGGGCUUGUUGUGA